AACUGAAAGGAGCAAUUAACUGAAUGUGAUUUUAGAUAGAAUCGUACAUAGCGCGGAUGUACAUUUUUUACUGUAACACAUUUCCUUCUACUACUAAAUCAUAGAAUGUUCAAAUGUUAAACCAUCUGUUUCGUAUCAUCAACAUCUCAUAGAAUAAUGGGAUGUUGGUAUAAUAUAGAAUCAAAUUCAAAGCGGAUUUUUUCUUCCCUUUCGGUACACUUAAACACUCUUCAUCCAUAAUUUGACAUGUUCGUAGCCUGUAUUUCCCUGAAUAUGAGUCUUGCAGCCGAACAUGAACUAGAAAGAAAAACAACUUUAUUGAUGUUCAAAAAUGCCUAAGAAAUCACGCACUAAAACCCCAGUAGCUGCUUUUCUAGUUAGCACUGGGUGAUGUUGUUACAAGUUAAAAAUAACGAAUAGUAUAUAUCUUUAUUUCCUAAAACUGAUUUUGAGACAGUGGGUUUGACGUCAUCGUAAGAUUAGCUUUCAGAUCUUGCAAAGAAAAGUUUACCACGAUGUCAAAUUUCUUGGCCGUUCUGAAUGAUUUUGGGAUGCUUACUCAAAUAUUAAUUCCACGUUCCUGAAAAUAGCUGCGUAGUGCAGCUUCCAAGUGUUUUAUAACUGUAAAACAUGUCUGAUGAUAUAUGUGUUUGACUUACAUUCUAAAUCUAUUUAGCAUAAAGACAUGCAUUUUUAUUAGUGAUCAUUUGGUUUUUAAAACGUUUUCUAUAUUGUGUGUGUCACUGAUGAAAUGGCAGUGAGAGGGUUGAGUCAUCUUAGAACAUUUUUCACAUGAAGUCUUUGGGGUUCUUUUUCACAGUUAACAGAUUGUACUAUUGAAUUUGUCAUUGUGAUUUGUGGAAUCAUUAGUGCUUCAGAAUUUUGAAAAGCGGCUUUAGAAAAGUUAAGGCUUAGCUUUGUUGGAUUUACGUUUUUUUUACUUCUCAGGGGUGAACAGAUAUACUGUAUUUAAAGUCAAAUAAAGUUGUCAGUUGUGGUAGUGUUUUAAAUGUAAGGUGUUUUAAAUGUAAAUUUACCUAAUUAAGUGCUAACUGUCUAUGUAUACAAAUGUAAAAAAAAACAGGUUGGGCUUACACUAUGAGAAAAAAAAACUGCAGUGAAUUAUAAUUGUUUAUGACUUACGCGCCUAUGAGGAUUCAAGGUUUGGACACCUUGAAUUCUACUCUCUGAAAUGGUAAUUUAUUUCACAUAAAAUAGAAAGUUAAAUUUAACACACUGCACAGAAACCAAUGAAAAAUGUUUAAGGAGACUCCUCCGCACCUUGCUUUUCAUCUUGGAUGUAAAAAAAAAUUAUGUUGUAUCUAACUGUGGACUUGUCUGCAUUGUGAGAACUGCUUUGCUCUUCUGAUUGAUCUUACAGGAGACCCACUAGAAUUUCUUGUGAUUUCUUUUUCCACGGUGGGCAAAGUUUAGAGAAUGUGUGUGAGCUCCUGUACUGGUGUCUUGGAGGUGGUUAAAAUGACACUUCACUACUACCAGCUCUUCAGCAUCAGAGUGUUUUCAGUAGGAAGGAGGGGCGCAGGUUUCCUUGCACCUGGAUGGUUGAUGUUGAUUUUGACAUGAUGAUGACAUCUCCUGGGGGGGGAAGAUAGAAGCUUGGAGCCAAGAUAAGAAUGGAAGAUACAGCUUUUGCACUGGAUAAAAUGGGAAAGUCAAGACUUUUUCGAAUCUCCUUAAUUUUGGGCUCCCUCUUUAUGAUCCUGCUGAUCAUAAUAUAUUGGGAUGAUGUCGGAGCAACACAUUUUUAUCUUCACACUACCAUAUCUGGACUUCAGUCUUCACACCAUCUUGCUGAAAGUCAUUCCAUCCCCAAAGAAAAGACUGAUUUUGACAAAGAGACCUCCUUUUUAUCAGAUAUUGAUGCAUUUAUUAACCAGUUCUUGGAGGCCACCACCGAGCCCAGCAUGCAUUCAAGGGAGGACCAAAAAACAUCACUUGAAAUGUCUGGGAAGAUUACAGAGCAUGAGGAGGAAUAUGUUCCUCAGCGUGCAUGGAAAGUCCAUUUGGCUCCUAUUAGUUCCGAAAGAAAACAAAGACAGAACAUCAGGAAGCAGCUGCUUCAUGAUGUGUGCACAAACAACACCCUGGACUUCCCAGGGAAAAACAGAACUUUUGAUGAUAUUCCAAAUAAGGAGUUGGAUCAUUUGAUUGUUGACGACCGACAUGGAAUCAUCUACUGCUAUGUGCCCAAAGUGGCUUGCAGCAACUGGAAGCGCAUCAUGAUUGUGCUGACUGAGAGCCUUUUAAAUGACGGUGUCCCUUACCACAAUCCCCUUGACAUCCCACUAGAACAUGUUCACAAUAGCAGCCUCCAUUUCACUUUCAACAAGUUCUGGAAGCGCUAUGGCAAGUUUUCAAGGCACCUGAUGAAAAUCAAGCUGAAGAAAUACACUAAGUUUCUGUUUGUUAGAGACCCUUUUGUCAGGCUGAUCUCUGCUUACAGGAAUAAAUUUCUUCAAGAGAAUGAGGACUUCUACAAGAGAUUUGCUGUUGUUAUGUUAAAAAAGUAUUCCAAUUAUACAGACCCUCCUGCUUCAGUUGUUAAGGCCUUUGCAGCAGGAAUUCGACCCUCCUUUUCUAACUUUAUUCAGUAUUUAUUAGACCCUCAGACAGAACAAGAGAUGCCCUUCAAUGAGCAUUGGAGACAAGUAUAUAGGCUGUGUCAUCCCUGUCAAAUAAAUUACGACUUUGUGGGGAAGUUGGAAACCUUGGAAGAUGAUGCAGAGCAUUUGCUUCGCAUUCUCCGGGUUGAUAACAUUGUCCAGUUCCCACCAGGAUAUCGUAACCGAACUGCGAGCAGCUGGGAGGAGGAGUGGUUUGCCAGUAUUCCCUAUAAAUGGAGGAGGGAAUUGUACAGACUUUAUGAAGCAGACUUUACACUGUUUGGAUACUCAAAACCUGAAAAAAUAUUGCACGAAUAAGGGCUUUUAUGAAAAUGUGUUUUUAGAAAGACUUUUUUUUAUAACUUACCAGCUGUAUUUCUACUCUCACUUUACACCAUUUGUGAAGUCUGAACAUUCCUCUCUGGUGUAACUAUAAGGUAGCAUUAAAGAUGGAAUAGUUUUAUAUUCUAUAAGGUUCCUGGUACAUCCCUGCAUGCAUAAUCGUCAGCUAAUUCCCGUAGGUAACUUGAAAUUUAAAAAAGUAUUUUAAAACAAAAAAGGGACAUGGUAUUUAUAAAUUUAAUUUGGUAGGGCCAAAAAAGAGAUUGAGUGAUUGAAGCGGCACAACUGCUUUGUGAAAAAUGUGAGACUUACAUUUUUAUCUAAAUUAACAAGAUGUAAAUCUAAAGCAUAGACUGAAAUACUUGUGGGUGAUGUAUUUAGAAAAAAUCUACUUUUUCAGUCACCAAGCUAAAGGAAAUUAAUUAGCAUCUAAAUUCAUGUUAUAGCUUCAAUGUUUUUUUUCUGGAUUAACAAAUUAUAGCAGCUCUGAAUAAUUUAAAUACAUUGCUGAGCUGCAUACAGUAUAUUAUAGAUGAGCUGCAGUUGUGCAUGUUUAUGCAAAUUAAUGUUAACUAGUAAGAAGAGAGGUUCAUGAAACUUGAAAUAAAAGCAUUUGUUUUUUGAGUUGCCAGCAUUCUAUUGGUGCUUCAUUGGGACUCCACUACAUUGUAUGUUUUGUAUUCAGUGAGUUGAGCAAUACAGUUGUUCUAUUUUUAUAUUAGGGGAAUUGAAAUAUUUCAGACUGUAAAAUAUUUUAUUAAAAUAAGGUAUAAAAAUUGGGAUAUUUAUGCAUUUCAGAGAUUUAUAACAACGUUUUUGUUGAUUUCAUAACCCUGACUUUUCCUUGCUUUUCAUUUUCAGACACUUUGUUCUCAGAUAUUUUGUUUUACUUCUUAUGAUAUCUAAGUGCAUGUAGCACAGGAAGUAUUCCAGUGGAACUCCAGUUGUUUUUAUUUCUGUAACUCUUUAUUAAGCUUGAUUUUAAACAGACCCUUGUAGAAUUUAAUCUACAUCUAAUGUUUUAGUCCCCACUAUUUAUGGAUUUAAAUGUGAACUAGCAUAUAAAUCUAUUCAGGGUAAGAUAGGCUGGGUUUUAGUUGAAUAAUUUAAAGAAUCAGAGAAUUCUUCUUUACAUCAUGUACCUGGUUUUAUGGAGACUGUAAAGGUUAAGUAAAGACAGGCACAUACAGUAUCCCUCCUGCUCUUCUAUCUCAUGAGGCUAAACCCCUUGGAGUCUUGUUUUCUGUGUAACUUAACUGGAAUACCAUUUUUGAGAUAUGAUAACAUUUUUUAAGUGUUUAUUAUAUGCAUUAAAGUGUGACUUUAAUUCACUUGUGUUUUUUCACUGUGUGGCAUAUGCCAUUUGAUAUUUUGUCUUU